AUGGAUGCGUCGUCGGUGGGCAGCUCGUGCGACAUGACAGAGGAUGUACGCGGCGUGCGACGGCGGCGCGUCUCGCUGAGCUCCGUUGACUCCGAGCCGAUUCCCAAGCGCUGCCGGCCUGACGCCGCGCUGCGCCGCGUUCCUGGCGAUGAUGACGACGACGACGGCGACGAUGCGGACGGUGGCCGUGGCAGCCACUCGCACGGCCUCCACGUGGGGGACGACGAGAAUAUCAGUGACGUGUCGGAAGGUCACGACACCCUCGCCAGCGCCAGCCGCCGUGCGGGGUCGCCGCCCGCUGAGGCGCAGGCGGCGCUGCGGGACGCGAACGGUGAUCCGCUGCUGCAGAUCCCGCUGGAGCGCGUCUCCGAGGCGGCAGUAGCCUCCGUGACUGGCCUCAUCGCCCGCAGCAGCACCGUCGUGGCGGACAACGCCGCCGGGGCGCUGGUGAUGGAUGCGGGGACACGCCUCUGCCUCAAGGACGGCGCCGUCGUGGGCGUUAUCGCAACGGUGAUGGGCCCCGUGGCCGCCUGCGCCUACGCAGUCGUCUGCCUCCCCACCGUAUUCGGGGCGCUGUGCGACGCCGGUAAGCUGAGCCUGGGCGCCGACCUUUGCUACGACCUCGGCGAGCAGAGCAUCAUCUACGACCCGGUGGUGCAGUGCGACAUGCGCCGCGGCACGGACGCCAGUUACAUCAACGACGAGGAGCUGCCGCCACACGCACGGCCGGACUUCUCCGACGACGAGGCGGAGCGUCAGUGGAAGAUGAAUCGCCGCAUGAAUGCCGACGCGGAGUCGCUCUCUGACGACGACGUCCCUGUCGACAUCGACUGGGAGAAGAUCGACGCCCUUGAGGGGGGCCUGCAGGCAGAUACGGCGCAGCCAUCCGCUCCCGCUCCCGCCCCCCCCGCCCCCGCCGCACCGCGCCACACCAACCGGCUUGUGGUUCCUCCGUGGGUUGCAGUGACACCGGCGUGUGACGACGCCCCUUCACACCGGCGCGAUUAA